AUGGUCGGUUCUGCGGUGGCCCAGGAGGCUGUUAAUGAAAUCUUAUCAAGAAUCAAAGAGGGUUAUGCCGAGAAGUCAGAUGCAAAGGAGCACAUAGAGAGGAUGGAGAUGGCGCACAUCAAGCUAGAAGCCGCCAUUGAGGCAUCCAACAAGUGGAACAUCACUAGCCCGCCACUACUGCGCUGGAGGAGGAAGCUCAAGCGUGCAACACAGGAGUGCGACCACACUUUGCGCCGGUGCAGGCAGCGAUUGCAAGAAGAGGAAGAAGUGAAACAUGGGCUACAGAGCUCCUCCUUUCCUAAGAGGGUCGCUCAUACUGUCAUGUCAUUUGUUUCGUCAAUGUUUAGCAGCAGUAGCGACAACAACCUAAGAGGAUCCACUGCCGUCCAGCGAUUUGAGCGGUUUGCUGAUGGUGCCAGUGAGUUCUUGAGGUAUGUGGAGCUUGGUGGCACACCAUGCAGAUACAUGUUCUCUGUGCCUCUUAUACGCCAUCUUCUCGCUGUUAUCCAAAUGUAUUUGCUAGGACAUGUUGCACUGUCAGUUGGGAACAAUUGGCAGAGCGUAGUCAUCGAUGGUGAAAGCCAAACAAGCCCCACGAGAGACUUUCCAAAUCUGAAACUUGGAGCACACUUCUCGCCUCAUGCCUCUUUUGAUGAUUUGUCACCUGCUGUUGGGGCUUCAGUGUCAGAGAUAAUCAACGAUGAAGCCAAACAUUGUGCCAUGUAUGCAAACAUUUCCUUUGAACAGCUGGGCGAGAUCACGAUGCCAAAAGCAGUAGAUUGGCUUAGUAGGAAUCUCGAAGCUACCUCAUAUCAGAUGUCCUGGAAGUCCAAGCAUGGAAGCGCGUACCUUCGGGCGAGAAGACCUCAUGGAGAGCAACUACUAGGAAGGACAAAGUUGGAAAACGCUGUAAGCAACGGCAGGACAAGAAGGUUCCAGCUCAGGGAUGGACAGGUGCUAACAGUGGGUUCAUUAUUAGCUCGUGGGUUGCGCACUCGCCUGCCUAGUUGCAGGGCUCGAUCGUUGACUAUUGGAUUCAGAAACAAAAGCGAUCCACACUACCGUUGUUAUUGGGAACUAAUGCCUGCGUCCAUGAUUGUCCAAUCACGAUGUUGUAUUUCAAAGAUCACAGUUAUUUGGCAAGGAAGCUCAAGAUGUCAAGCACGUUAA